GUUUAGUAUAUCAUGAUUAUUUUGUAUGAACGGGCUUACUUAAAACCACAAGAAAAGAGUCAUUUGAAAGCUGAAAAACCCUCUAUCAAUUACUUUUAAAAUUUUCUCACUUCAAAAAAAAUUGUAAAUUUGGAGGUGCGCGAAAAUUAAAGGGUGCGCGAAUCGGCGUUUUUGAAGGUGCGCAAAAAUUAAAGGCGUGAAAAUAGUGUGCGCGAAAAUAAAAGGCGCGCGAAAAUUAAUGGCAUUAAGGUAUAGGAAAUCACAGAUAAAUAAAAAAUAAAAAAUAAUAAAGUACGUGAGUGUCACGUACGAAUAGAAAAAAAAUAUUAAAGUACGUGAUAGUCACGUACAAAUAGAAAAAAAAUGUUAAAGUACGGUCACGUAUGAAUAGCCACUGCGAUAUUUUUCGUAUUGAUACAGGAUAAUUGUACUUUUGGGUCGACAACCUCACCUCAGAUGCUACAUAUUUUAGCUGAAAAAUUGAUAAGCGAGUCAUUUAAACGUGAUGAGCGUUUCAUACAGUUGCGAUUAUUUGUAUUGAUAAUUGAUGCGACAAUGGUGCUUAAGGGUCCAACCUUGUUCCCAGGGCUUUUUGUCUCUUAUAGGCACUGCACUCAUUGAUAUGUCGGACAAAAAAGGCCCUGAGGAGGCUGGUAUUAUUUCCAGCUGUGAUUGGUCAACAAUCGUUUAAAGAUGAUAGGGAACAGCGGGUUGCCUUGUUUAACCCUUUUAGCUUUGUGCAUUAUCCCCAUACGAAGUCUCACUUUUCCCAUAUGCUGAUAUAUUAUUCUGGUCUUGGUAAUAUUUCCAUUAAAAAAAAAUCAAUCUGCGUCUUCGACCUUAGGUCCCACCAUGUAGAUUCCUGGAAUCCCAAACUUUUCCUGUAUGUAUGGCAACCCAAAACAGCAUUUAAGCCCUUCAACAUUCGCAGACAAUCUGCUCACCCUCACCAUACUACUGUGCUCCAUUACUUGCUCUGCAAUUUUCUUAACCAAUCACAACAAGAACAACAAACACGCUUCUUAUCAGACAUUAUUUGUGGAAUGGUGUUGUUUUUGCAUGUUUCUUCAACACUGGACAUGGUAGCUUUUUUGUAUUGUUGUAUGCAGAUCUUUAAUUGUAUUGCAGCAAGCACUCUAGUACAAUGCCCUUUUACAUUUAGUUGCUUCACGUACUUCUAUCUUUACAGCCAGUUGGUUAGGUUGGAAAGGAAUGGAGCAUAGGCAGUUUUUUCGUCAUAAUAAAAAAGGAUAGGGGCUGCAAAAUUGCUACUUUUGUACAUGUAUAGGCCAUGUGGACAGCGUUUAAAGUUUGCCAGUUCGUUCUUACCAGUGCCCCCACGCAACAAAAUAAUCCACACUGGGCCCAUAAAGAUCUCGAAGUUUAGACAAAUCUUCUCUCGAGCUUGGGCGACUUUUUGAAUAAGAUUUGAGCUUUUCGUCUGAUAACUCCCAGACUCACUAAAUUAUUAUUCCUGAAAUGCGAAAACAAUGCUUAAAUUCUCCUUUACCAUGAAUAUGAGUAUUUGAGCAUUUGCAAUUAUCUUUAUGUUCAUAUUAGCAAUAUUUCAUAUUUUUUCAGUUUAUUGAGAAAUGUCUGAAGUAAAAGCAGAGUUAAAAUUAGCAAAAGAUUUUAUUAAAAAGAAGGACUACAAGGAAGCAUAUAAACACUGUAAAAAUGUACUUAAAACCGACAAAGAGAACUAUAACGCAUUGGUGUUUUUUGGCGUGUGUGCAACGGAACUGAAUCACUAUGAGCAGGCGAAAAAAGCUUACGAGAAAGCCAUUGAAAAAAACAAGGAUGACAUUUUAGCAUGGCAAGGCUUGUGUUCACUAUUGGAGCGAAUGAAAAAUGACACAUACAAUGGAGAGCUGAUAAAAACUUACAAAACUCUAUUGGAGAAAUAUCCAAGCGACAACGGAAAAUAUAUUGACACUUCUAAAAAGCUUCUGGCUAUUUUACGACAGGAGAAGAAACUUUCUGAGGUUGUGGAGUACCAGAAGAAAGUAAUUCUGAAAUAUUCUUGUGGAAGUGAUAUUGUUGAAGCAUGGAACACAAUAAUAUCAACAUUAACAACAAUGUUGGAAAGUCAAGAGGACAUGGAAGAAAAAGCCAGAAUUGUUUUCGAGCUCUUCAAAGCGUACAACUGUUUGAUAGCCGAAACUGACAAAUGGUCAAUUAAAGCUGAAGAAGAGCAUGAGAAGUUUAUUAAGUUUUUACUGAAAUUUAAUCAAAUAAAGCAUUCAGAACUACCAAGCUUGACUGAAAUUCUUUCACUGCUAACAAAAUUUCAUCACAAGUAUGAGAGCAAUGCUGAAAUUUUAAAAAACUUAUGUACAGCUUUGGUAAACCAUUAUUUUGUGACAGAUAUUUUGACAGAUGAAUCAAGACAAUAUUUUGAAAAAUAUUUACAAAUGGACACUGACAAUGACUUGAAUUCCAUCAUCAAGGGUGUUACUGAAUAUUCCAAAAGUUGUUACCAAACAGCAUUGCAAUUUUUCUCAAACGAUUCUAAAAAUCCAGUCAUAAUGUACUUUCGUGGCAGAUGUCAUUAUCAAAUGCAUUGUCACAGGGAAGUACAAUCUGUGAUCAAUCAGUGCCGUGUCAACACAGAACAGACUGUAUUUCAAGAAACACGCAACCUACUGGAAAGAAAGCUAAUAGUCUUAGAGUUACAGGUCUUGUUGGCAGCAGAAAAAAUAGACGCAGAAAAAGUUGUUAUGAUGAUGAAAAAGAUGAAUCUUGAUGAAAACAAAAUAGAUGAUUUGUUGUUGAGAAUGGAAGCACAUUUGAGCCUUGGUCAAUUUGACAGUUUUAGAGAGGAUUUAGCAAAGAAUGAAGUUCUAGAAGAAAAAAUGACAUUGGCGCAGAAGUUAAAGCAUCUUCAACUGAAGGCAGAAGCUAGUUUUGUUGAAAAGAAAUUUUUUGACGCUGAGAUAAGGCUACAAGAAACGUUCAGAAUUAUGGAUAACUCCAGGUCACAUUUUCUGCUGGGAAAAGUGUAUUGGUAUCUAGGCGAAUCAGAGAAUGACUAUUAUAAAAUGGCAUACACAGAAUUUCUCAAGGCUGCUAAAAUGGAUCCCCUGUACUCACAAACAUUUGUUUUUCUUGGAUUAUAUCAGAAAUCGCUUAUUAAAGAUACUACGAAAGCUUUGAAGUGUUUCGAAAAGGCAAUCUCAUUGGAUUCAUCUAACUCAGAAGCCGGACGCAAUAUUGGUGAUAUCUACUUGCAGUUAGAUCAAGAGGAAAAAGCAUUGCAAGUGUAUCUUGGUAUAGUCUCUAAGAGUGAAGUUGGCGAAGCUGGGUGGGCGUGGAUGAGAUUAGGACUGAUCUAUCUGAAGCAAGAAAAUGCUGAUCAAGCCAUAGUAUGUUUCCAGCGUGCAUUGCGAGGGAAGGCAGAUAUAAGUCAUUACUGGGAAUGUCUUGGUGAUGCCUACUUCAUGAAAGGCAGCUAUACCUCUUCUAUGAAAGCUUUUACGAAAUCAUUACAGUUGGAUUCAAGUUCGAUGUACUGCAAACACAAGAUAGGACAGAUCCGACAAAUGUUGUGUCUUGCUGUUGAAGCUAUCGAAGCCUAUACCGAUCUCCUAAAGGAACAUCCUAAUUAUGUACCCGCUCUUUUAGGUCUGGCACAGUGUUAUCACCAUUUGCAGAAAGAAAGUUUAAAAAUGACGUUCGAUGGACGAGCUGUUAGUCAAGCUCAGCAAGUGGUCAACCACCUUACAAGGGCCAUUGAAAGAGAGCCUCGAUAUACGUGUUUAUGGAAAACACUGGCUGAUUCUUUGACGUCUCUUUAUAUUGCUAAUGGUGACAAAUGCAGACUGUCCAUUCCUGCAGCGCUUCAAAAGUUUGUGUCAUUUCAAGUGGAAGGGGUUGCGGACAAGCCAGCAAUCAUGGAAAUUGCGUCAAGGUGUUUCAUGAUGGCGGUGAAGCUACGAGAAGACAUUGCAUGUUUUUGGCACGACCUAGCUGUGUGCACAUAUAGAUAUGGAAAGAUCUUACAAGGAGAAGCAGGAAGGGAAAAGAUUCUGCACAGCAUACAGAUUGUUAAAAAAGCUAUUCAAUUAGAUUGUAGCAAUCAUACAUUUUGGAAUAGCUUCGGGGUGAUGACUGGUUGUUCGAUUUCUUCCCAAUGUUGUGGUCAUUCGAUUGAUGAUAUACAAAACCCAGGGUUGAGUCAACAUGCGUUUAUUAAAGCUUUAGAAAUCAACCCGCAGGACGCUCUAGUUUGGGCGAAUCUUGGAGUAUUGUAUCUCAAGCAUGAUCAAGUCAAGGCUGCACACGAAGCCUUUAAAAAAGCACAAGCGUGUGACCCUUUAUUAGUUCAGGGUUGGGUCGGUCAGGCAUAUAUCGCAGAGAGCAUUGGUGACGAAGAUGCUAUGGAUUUGUUUCGACAUUCGACAGAUCUCGACUUUCACGGUGAAUCAAGCCUUGCAUACGCUCAGUGGGUUUGUAGCCUUCUGCAUGUCAAUAAAAAAGAAUCUAUAUUACUUAGUACAAAACCAAGACCAGAUUUGUCUCAUUUACCCACACGUUCUCGAAAGAUGGUACGCAAUGCUUCGGUUGCUCUGCAGAAAUUAACUGAGCGUUGCAAGGUGGAUCCAUGGCUGUAUAACACUCUGGGAAACCUUUUGGAACACGAAGCUUUGUAUAAAAAAGCGGAGAAAGCAUUUGAAUGUGCUCGCAAACUUUUAACUGAAAGCAGUGUUGAUACUGAACAAACAGAAAUUUUGAGAAAGGUACUGCUAAACCAAGCACGUGUGUUGUGCGAACUAAAGAAAUUCGAAAGUGCAAUUGAGAUCUACAACAUGUCGUGUCCACAAACAUCCAACGAGAUUUGUGGUUUAGCUCUGGCUUAUUUCGGUUCCGGUAAUUUGAAGAAGUCACAAGAAGCCUACGAAAAAGCUUUAUCACUUUCGACUGUGGAUAGCGAGAGCUCUUCAAUCUUGGCAGCAUUGGGUAUGGUAUCGUAUGCUUUAAGAAAUUCCGAUGCAGCUAAAGCUUUGCUAUUCCAAAGUUCGCAGAUGAAACCGUGCAGCGAACAUGGUUUGAUGGCUUUGUCGUCUCUUGGUUUAAUGUCCGGGGACGGUACACUUGCGACAGCUGCUUUGAUGGAGUUGGCAAAACAUCCACUUCGUGACACUGAAAGUUAUGAUGUGAAGAGAACAAAGUUAAUGACGUGCUUUCAUCUGUUGCAGGGGCAAACAAAAGCGGCACAAAGAACUAUUAAUAAAGCCAUCAUGAGAUAUCCAAACAAUUCUACACUGUGGAGUGAUUUAGCCAACUUUUUCUUACAGCAUGUUCCAAGUAACAUGAAGGGAGCACUCCACUGUAUGGCUGUGACAAGAUGCAUGGGUCCUUCACAGAUAGUUUCAAAAAGACAAGCGACAGUAUCUCUCGGUUUCCCUGUGUCCACACCACGUGACGCAAUACGAGCUGCACAACGAUUGGUGCACAGCCAACCCGAAGAUGCGAAGAGUUGGGUUCUCCUUUCGACAGCAUUGUUGACUUCUUCUAUUCUAGAGAAAGAUCAACAACAAGCAGAACAUUCUGUAGUCAGGUUUACCCACUUGGCUUUGGAAAAAGUGGAUCAACAGCUGAAUGUCCUGAAAAAGCAAUGCCAAGCGUUUGCUCCAAAAGAUAAAAUUUGUCUUACCACAUAUUCUCGUCUCUACUCGUGGAUGAUGAAGUCUUUUGUGCUUACUAGUAUAUAUUAUGGAGAUGUUACAGCCGCUCACUCCUUUUGUGAUAAAAUCAUUAUGUCACUUAACGGAGAUAAAACACAAGAGGACUUCCUUUUCUUGAAAGGCUUGGCAAAGAAUCAACUGCAACAUCCAAAUUUCGAAAGAGAGUCAUCUCAUGAAAAUCUACCUUUCAUGGCUACCGUUGCCUCUAGAUCUUCAGCUCCUUGGAUUUGGCGGAUCCUUGCUCAGUUGUAUGAACGCAUGUCGAUGCCAGAACACGCUGAACGCUGUUACCGUGAAAUUAUCAAACAACGUAUUCAAAAUGGCGAAUUAGUCUUUCCCGCGCUUUUUAAGUUGUGCAUGCUAUGCAUAAAAUCGUACUCUGUAUCGAAAGCUGAUGUGUGGUUGAAGCAUGCAAGUGACACAAUGUCAGAGUUGGUGAAGUUGAAAGAAGACUCGGAUGUACUAACUCUCCUUCGCGCUGUUUUAUUUUAUCAACAAGGAAAUAAAAAGGCAGCGCUGAAAUAUGUUGGUAAAUUGACGUUUGUCUCAUGUCGUGAGUUGUUGACGAUACAGGAGAAGUUAUUGCAAGCAUGGAAGUGAUGCUGCCAUGUUUGAUGUUUUUAUUACCAUGACGUUUCAGAGUGAACAGUUCGCAAAUAUUUUUUGACAUAUCUUAAACAGAAAAGCAUAUAAAAUGGCGGAAUAUAAUAAUCAUAUUGUG